AACAUGACAAGAUAUAGCUGAGCUGUGUACUCAAUGAUGCUAAUGAUAGGCUAGAGUUAAACGUUUUUAGUUAAAUCACAUUCUAUUUGACUUGUUCAGAAUGGCAUCCAAAAAUUCAUCAGCAAAGAGUGAAGAUGAUGACGAAGAGUGGAUGCACAGGCCUAGUUUGAAGAGGUUUAGAAAAUCUGAGGACCAAUUUUCGUCAUCUCAGCAAAACGGUACCUCGUCAAGUCAGUCUACUCCGCGGCCGCGGGACAUGUCGGGGAUUCCCCAGUCCCAAUGUGGCGGCGUGACCCCCAGCUCCAGACCAACUAAUCAUCUAAGUCGUCGAAAAAUAUUUGAUUCUUCACAAAAACCGAGCAAGAGUGUUUGUGCAAGCCAGCCGAGUCGGACUCCUGCUAAUAAAUCAGGGAAAAAGCAGCACAAAAUGAAGAAAGAAAUGACAAACACUGAGAAUAAUCAUGAUAAUAAAUGUGAAACUGGAGACGAAUUACAAGGAUAUUGUCCAAUUUGUCAAGCACCGUUUUGCUCAAUUCAUUUAACUUCUCCAGGACAGCAUAUACAAGACUGCCUUGAACUUCCAAAACCAGACAAUGAAUGUCCAGAAGGUCAGUUUUGCAACAUCACAAUCUUGAGCCACUAUGAGAAGUUCAGCCACGAUCUGCUAGCUCUAGUCAGAUCAGAGAUGAAACCUGACGAUUCAUCAAUGAUGGAUGAUAGGUUCACUUCUUUGAAAGCAGAGCCAGAGGUCAUGACGUCAGACAGUGAUUUUGAAAUACCUUCCUCUUCAAAGCCAGCAGCAGCACCAUCCAUGUACCACAGUACUCCAAAGGGGGACUAUGAAUGCAAAAUUAAAGGUGAAAGGGUCAUAUUAACCCCUAGGGAACAAUGCUCUUCUCAAAUUGCUCCCUCACAACCUAAGUCCAAAUUAAAAAACACUGCCAGGAAAUCUGCAAAAGGAGUAAUCAACAGAAAUCAAAGAACCUUGGAUAGGAUACUAGCAAAUAAAGAAGAGAUGCCUACACCAAAGCGUGAAAAUCUAGGAGAAAGUGAAACAUCUUAUACAGAGAACCAGAAAAGUGAUGAUGCAGCCAGUGAAGGAAGUGAGUUGCUUUUUUCUUCACAGAAUUCCAACUUUGAGGAGGAUGACGACGCAACGUCAAGAAAUCGGCCCAAGAAGUCUAAUCCUCCAAACUUCAUUGAGGUUCCUCCAGCUCCAAUUCAAGAUGAUGAUGAUGAUGAUGAUACGACCUUAGAGGAUUUCUUUUUUGCUGAUGCCAAUGGGGAUGAUUCUUCUGAUAUUGGAGGUCAGGGGUCAAAAAUAGAUGGUGAGGUUAAAGGUCAAGACACCCUGGAAGAUGGAAGCCAGAAGGAAGAGAGCAAGAGUCUCAUUAACCCUCCUGUACCUUCUUUGGACCACCGUGAAGGGGAAAUGGAUCAAGCUGUGGUGUUUUCAGAAGAUGAAGACAGCCAGAGUUUGUUCAACAUUCCUGGUGAGAACAAAGAAGGACAAUUUCUUACCGUCAGCAAUCUUGAUAAGAACAAAGAAAUUGUCCCUACUUUAGACGACCAUGAAGGAAAAAUGCAUCAAGCUGUGGUAUUUUCAGAAGACGAACCCAGCCAGAGUUUGUUCAACAUUCCUGGUGUCAGCAAUCUUCCAGGCAAAUCAGAUGAUGCGGCAGAGUGUUCAGAAGAUGGAGAGGAAGACAUGGAAGUGGAUGAUGAGGAGGAAGAACUCCCGAAUAAGGAAGAGAGACCAUCAACGUCUGGAUGGGGGACAAGUGAUGCAAGAAGUGCAAUGUCAGCAAAAGACGAAGAAUACUCAAGACAAUCUAGCGUGCAUAACACCUCCACAUCGACUCCAGCAGUCACUCCAAAGCUUAAGAAACAGGGAACACUGGACUCCUUUUUGGGGUGCAAACCUUUACCAAAAGUAGAGCCAUCAUCGAAACAGGGAACAUUAGACUUCUUUUUGGGGUGUAAACCUGCACCAAAAGUAGAGCCACCAUCUCAGAAGAUCCAGGAGAAGGGACAGUGGAGAGGAGCAAAGCAGACAUACAAGAAGAACAAAGGAGAAGGCGAGGGGAAGAAGGAAUGGGGGAACAGCAGUCGCAAGGAAUGUCCCUUCUACAAAAAGAUGCCAGAUACAUCUUUCACAGUGGAUGCCUUCAGGUAUGGUGUUAUCCCAGGAUGCAAAGCGUACUUCUUAAGUCACUUCCACUAUGAUCACUAUGGUGGUCUCACCAAGCACUUUGACCAACAGCUCUACUGUAGCAAGGUAACAGGAAAUCUUGUGAUAUCCAGACUGAAUGUAGCUGCUGAAUAUGUGAAGAUUUUACCCAUGAAUGAACCUUGCAAAGUAGAUGGCGUGGAGGUUACACUACUCGAAGCAAACCACUGCCCAGGUGCUGUGAUGUUCCUAUACAAGCUGAAAUCAGGAGUCAUCUAUCUACAUACCGGUGACUUCAGGGCCGAUGCUGAGAUGGAGCUAUAUCCCCAACUGAGCAGUUGCCAUGUCAACCAACUCUAUCUGGAUACUACGUACUGUGAUCCUCAGUACAAAUUUCCAUCUCAGACUGAAGUGAUAGAGUUUGCAGUAAAGAUAGCUGUCCAGGCUGUGAAAUCAAACAAGAAGACCCUAAUCGUGUGUGCAACCUACACAAUUGGCAAAGAGAAGGUUUUCAGAGCUAUUGCUGAAGCACUGGAAUGCAAGGUAUAUGUGGAUUCUCGGAAGUUGAAAGUCUUGGAAUGCCUUGAAGAUGAUGAUCUGAUGUCACUCCUAACCCGUGAUAACAAGACAUCUGCAUGUGGACUUCACGUCAUAGCCAUGAAUAUGCUUAAUCACCAGAAGCUGAAGGAGUACCUGUCCCAGUUCAGUUCAAGAUAUGACAACAUUCUUGCCUUCAAGCCUACUGGUUGGACUCACAGUGAUAAGGUUGAAUCACCCUCAGAUAUCAAGCCUUCCAAGAGUGGAAAAUCAACAAUUUAUGGAAUACCAUACAGUGAACACAGCAGCUACUCUGAGAUGAAGCGCUUUGUUCAGUUCAUAAGUGCUGACAAGAUCUUACCCACAGUCAACAACGGAAACCCACAGAAACGCAAAGCCAUGGAGGAUAUCUUCAAAAGAUGGACGGCAGAGGAUGGACAGUCAUCGUCACCAACUAGGCUCAAAUCUGUUAAGAUCAUGAACUGGUUUAAGUAGUGCGAUGACAAACAGUGAGAAAGAGGCGAGG